CGAGAAAUGAGAAAAGAUGCUCAAAAUAAACGUGAUUACCUAGUCACUAUCACUAUCCUUAAAAAUUAUUUGUGAGAUGGUGCAAGGGUCCGUGAACGUUGAAAGUUGAAACCUUCGAUCUACGCUGCUUACCUUUUUGACCCUUUCGUCACCCCUCGGAAUCUCUCUUUUGAUUAGAUGCACAUAUGCUCAUCACUCUCUGAGUGACUUCUUUCCAUCCCCCACUCCGGCUUUACUCCAUUAUUGACUCACUACAUGAAAAAGAUUCUCCAUCACACCUGCAAUCACAGAAUACAUUAUUGCUAAUACGUUAGGCCCACUUCCCUUUUUCUCUGUAAAAUUCAUUUAUGGAACCGUAAUUUCUAUGUUGUUUCACGAAUCGGCUUCUCCAAUUUCUCCAACUUCAGCAUAGAUCCAUAUUUGCUUUCAGAUUUGAGUGUAACCAGACAUUUCCCUCAUUUGAUUGAAAUUAACGAUAAGGGUACACUUCGAUUUCUCCUCGAAUCUAAGACGGAAAAAGCAAUUGGUGUUUUUUAUGGUGAAGACUCGCUUAUCUGAGGUGUGUAUCCAUUUCAACUGUGUAUAUGAGCUAGUAUAAUUUUGGGAAAACAUUAGGCUGUAGCUUUGAAUCCUUUGAUGCUAGUUGUAGUAAUAGUAAAUGUAGUUUCAACGAUUUCUGGAUCAUUUUUAUUGAUUUCAGAGGCAUGACUACAAUUAGAAGAACAUUGUCUCCGAUUCCUAGACCGGGGACUUUGCUAGGUGGAGAAGCAUGUUCUGUUUCUUCUCCAUUGUCCAAGUGUUCAUCCUGUGAUCAGGAUUCGGUCCCCAGUUCAUCUUUCACUUCAACAGAAUAUGCUUUUUUAUAUCAUUUUCAAUCUUUUGUGCUAAAUCUAUUCCCGAAAAGAACUUGUAGGGCAUUAGAAAAGCAAAAACCAAAAGGGAAUGUUUGGAGGAGGUCGCUUUUCCAUUUCUUUAUAUGUUUCCUCGUUGGAGUUUUCGUAGGGUUUACCCCAAUUGUUUCCAUAAAAACAUCCACCAUUCUCGCUUCAAGAAACCAAGAUUUUUCCUUCGAGGAAAUUGAAAAAGUUCAAUCACACGAUGUCAAUCAUGUGGAAGCUUCAGCGGCUAAUAAUAUCACCAAUGAUAUUGUCGUUCUUCAAAAGAUCGAGGGUUUUGAAACGGAUUUGGGUAAACUUUUGAUAAUUGUAACCCCAACAUAUCCUAGGAUGUUUCAGGCAUAUUACCUUAAUCGAUUGGCUCAUACAUUAAGGUUGGUGGAGCCGCCAUUGUUGUGGGUGGUUGUGGAAAUGAGCAGCCAAACGGGGGAAACUUCUGAGUUAUUGAGGGGAAGUGGUGUUAUGUAUAGGCAUCUUGUAUGCAAAAAGAACACAACAGAGAUAAAAGAUUUGAGAAAUGUGGGUUUAUUACAUAUUGAAACACAUAAGCUUGAUGGAAUCGUGUACUUUGCAGAUGAUACUAAUAUCUACUCAAGUGAACUUUUCCACCAUAUGAGACAAAUCAGGCGAUUUGGUACUUGGGUUGUGGCUGAACUAAAGACAAGCACAAGGGUAGGGACAUUUGUGGGGCCCAUUUGUAAUGGGACGCAAGUUAUUGGAUGGCAUACAAGUAAUGUUAUGAGAAGAUUCCAUAGAUUUCAUGCGGAUUUAUCAGGAUUUGCUUUUAAUAGCACUAUACUUUGGGAUCCAAAGAGAUGGCAACGUCUUACUCUUGAACCGAUUAGGUUUCUUGAUACUUUCCAAGUGAGCACUUUGAUUGAACAAAUUGUGGAGGAUGAGACACAAAUGGAAGGAAUAGCAGAGGAUUGCUCAAAGGUAUUCGUUUGGCAUCUUCCUAUGGGAUCAUCAUCAUCAUCAUCUUCCCAUCCUCAAAAAUGCUUCGUCUGUAAGGGAAGAUUGCUUGUGAACUCUUGUUUACUAUAAUCACAAACAUCAUUAGGGUUUGUAUCUUGGAAGCAAUAUUUUCAUAUGUAGUCGUAUGAUUUCAUUUUGUGAUUUUGUUUUUUUGGUUUGUAAGAUGAGGCGACAAUUGCUGUAUAGUUACUAACUACCACUCGAUUCCUCUUUGGCUACAUUUUUCACAAAGAAGCGAAAAGUUGCUAGGAAUUUGGGUAGAAUGAGUUGUGUUUGGAAUGAUAAACAAGUUGUUCAAUGUCUGUGUUUGUCAUGUAUUGGACUGAGAUUUAGACUGAUGAGAUACAAAUUACAGAUCUUUGUCCCACCAAAAAAGGGAAAGAUUCUUGCUUAUUGAGGAGCUAAAAUGAAGAUUUAUUGAAAACUUGGGAGCAAAAGUUGUAAAAGAAAUUGUGGGGGAGUCGAUGUAAAUAAUAUAAAAUGGAAGCGUCAAACUAUAUAUAUAAUAUAUAACAAUUAGGUGUAUGAUCGUAUGUUAUUUAUAAUAAAAGCAUGAUAAUUUUGGUGAAUUUAGCCUGGUGUAAAGGAUAUUGAGAUUUCAG